GGGAUCGGCGAUUGUCUCGACUCGGGGGAAGGUGGAAGAGAGUGAUAUUAGAUAGGGAGGUGGAUAAGGGUGCCAUGGUAGGCUGGGUGGAUUAGAGGGCAAGUGGGGGGUUCUGAGAUGUUUUCCGACGGAAUUUUUUGAGCAGGCGUGUAUGAUAGGAGCAGUGUUUUAGGGACACUUUGUCCUGAACGUCAGUGUUCUCGAGUGUGCGCAGUGGACGAAGGUGAUCUAAAUGAAAUAACUUUGUUCAAAUGAGAGAAUAAUGAUAAUCAUGGUUGCUUGUAGCCUCGUUUUAUUCUCCCUCUGUAUAUCAGGAAAGACAGAAGUAAUUAUAUCGAAGCAUAAGAAAUUCCCAAACCACCUCUUGUUCUCCAUAGGACCCUCUGAUUUCCCAUAG